AUGGCCUUGCGCCGUGCUCGGCGCACGAGACGGACAAGGAUCCCAGAGGAACAAGUGCAGGAAGGGCAAUGGGCGAUGCUCAACUGCUGGCUGAGCUAUGGGCAGAUGGAGGGCGAGAGUUUCUUCAUGCUCUACCCGGAGCCACAGGUGGCCGUCCAGCUGGCGAAACUGGCAGGAUACGAGGCCACGGUUGCUUAUCGAGACCCUCAGAGUCAGCAUGCCUUGCUGAAAAUGAGGCCGGAGUUGAAGACACAGGCUCUCACAGAGCAAGCCAAAGGAUCCUUUGCUCCAAUGAUUGGGCAAUCCGGAGAGAAGCAGCCUGUGAGGAGCCUGUCAAAGAAGUUGGGAAAAUGCAUCGCGAAGGCGCUUCCGUCCAAGGUUUCGGCAGAGAGUCCCUUGGGGACACCUUCGCCCAAGCAUGUGCCAUGGGUGGUUUGA